AGCGUUCCUUAUAUGCUUCUCCAUCGUUGAAGUCAGUCUUUCCUAGAAUACAUAUUGUCCGCAGGGCUUCUCGUCGCCACACGAUACUCUGACUCUUGCAUGGUCUCGGUCGGUAAGGUACCUGGGUUAGCGAGGCUAAGCUUUCCAGCUCGCUUGCCCCGAAAUAGUAGCCCUUUGCUUUACCACUUCGAGUGCACGACACCUGCCAAGUCUGCUGAACGGCGUCCACUAGCCAACCAGACGCAAGUCGAUAGUCAGGAUAAGGUCGAUCAUGUACACACGAGUCGGGAAUCCGCUGCCGUGGCGGAUGGACUGGCCUAGAAAAGCCAUGGUUCAACCGGUACCGACCUGGUCAGCCUUACUCCAGACAACAAGGCUAGGAGAUCAGAGCGAGGCUAGCGGUGCUGUCCGA